AUCCUCGAGCGAAAUUCUGGGUUUUUCCCUGAUAGAUUUUUUAUUUAAAUUUCAAGUUGGUUAUUCUCUCAAUUUGAAAUGAGUGGACCGUACAUAGUGAUGUUCAACCGAGUUGCUGAGACAUAACUUCUAAGAAAUUUUUGAACUGAAAAUUGGUGUUAUCUCCCAUAUGUUUUCCCCUAUGAGAUAAAUAGUUGAGGUUAAGGUUCACUAAACUCAAAAAUGUUAGAUAAAGAUAUGUAGGUAAUCUCGAUUUGUGUUUACUGUAUAUAAGUUAGUUUGCUGCUGGGCAUAUAAGGAAAGCGAAGGGUACGUUGGUUGUUGUUUGCAGUUGAAAAAACAAAUCACGAAUCAUGGGCGUGUUACUAGCUGUUUCCUACAAAGAGUAAAAAGCGCCGUUCACAUCCGCUCGGAAGUUGUAUAAUAAAAAAAAACACGGGACGUACGAUUAUUUCAGUAAGUAACAAAAGGCCGUGAGUAGAACAUUUCCUAUAUAAAUAGACGCUUUUCAACAGGCAAAAGCAUUUGAAUGUGAAUUAAUGUCAAAGCCACGCGUUUCCUAAUAAAUCAAAUUUUGCUGACUGUUGGCAUUAGCGCAGGGAUAUUGCAACACCAUCCAGAACCGGGACCAGACAUCAACAAACGGCUGGCUGAAACCUUCUGGCUUUACCAACACAGUUUGCUCCCAGUUGGGAAAAAAGUGCGUACGUGUGUGCAUAAUCAUGAUGAGAUAUUGAACCGAGAGGAGCCGUGGUUACCAGGGACGAGUCACGCGCCAUUCAGCUAAAAUAAACAACAUUGGUACUUUUCUCUUCUUCAUCUAGCGGCUAACCACUCUUCCCUCAAUUCUCUGGUCAUCUUUUGUGAUAACCGAAGGGUACAAAGUCUCUCCUUCAAAGGAAAAAGAAAGAGAGAGCGUCGUUAAAGAAACCUUGGAGGCCAGAAAAAGCCUACAAAAUAAAUGGAGGAAACACAAGGAAAAGAGAAAAUCGUGUUGAAGCGCUUUUGUUGGUUCGUUUGGGGGUGAAACAUAAAACACUCAAGAAAAAGGAAGGAGGGGCAUAGAGAGAGUUGGGUGUUGUGUCUUGUCGACAUCGCCAGUCAGACGAAAACAUUCCGAGCGAACGAGCGGAUCGACACGCUCACGUUCCGCAGCAAUCAACAGGUGUCUGUCGCUAACCGAAAAAAUUACGACCAAGGAGCAGACGGUAGUUGUUUGUUUGAGUCUGUGAUUUGUCAAAUCUUUUAUCGCAAGCACACGUGGAGAAGUAGUGACUUGGCGUAUACUUUAGGUCAUGAAUCUGUUGAGCAACCAUUGGAUUAUUACCUUAUUCCAUAAUUGCAACGCGCCAAUCCGCCAGCCGUUCCUCGUCGUCGUCAGCUAAUUUAUUUAAAUCAGAAUCCGCACAGUGAAACGCCCACCCUCAACAAGACAAUUUGUUGAUUAAACAAGUUUUCUUGACUGUCGAGACGCAGUCAAGGCGCUGUGUGCCGAAUACUUUCGGCCACGUUGGUUGUGUGACAGCUGCUCACAUUGACGUCACACUAAAUCAAUUUUGCCGUCUCAUCCACCGAAAAAGAAAUGAUGUUGGUCAGUAAAAUUUGUGCUGCGAUCCUGCUCGCAGUGCUGAGACUCGGAGCGGGAUUGUUACCUUUAAAAGUGUAUCAAAAACUCGACAAGUGGAGCCAACGUGGAGACCUGAAAGCUGCUGAAAAGCAAACAAUCAACAAACGGCGAAAACGAGUGGAUUUGUUCAUGUCUGUCUUUUUGUGCUUUGGCGCCGGACUGCUACUUUCCACCUGCUUCAUUCACAUGAUUCCAGAGGUUCGAGAUUCGUUCGACAAAGUGAUUAAAUCGGGACAGUAUCCAGCUCUGGAACAAUUCCCAUUCUCGGAAGGCAUCGUCGUAUUAGGUUUCUUUGCCGUUUACCUAUUUGAAGAACUCGGAGAACUGUUGAUGGGUCAUGGCGAAAAGAAGAAGAAAAAGAAGAAAGCAAAUGCUGCAGGAUCUCCUACGGUCAAUGGCCAAAGUCCUGUCAAAAUGGUCACAUCUGACUCGGAAGAUGAUCGCCACAAGCUGACGAUUAUAACAAUGCCUAAAGAGGACAUAGGCACUAGACGCGUGACUGAGGAAGGAACUGACAACGAUUCUGACGAUUCCAGCCAUCAUGGACACAACCAUCAUGGGCAUAGCCAUGGGCCUCCACCCAUACUGUCGGACCUGGAAGAACGAUCUAUCGCGGCAGCGAUACGCGGCUUCCUGUUGGUCUUUGCACUGUCGUUCCAUUCUAUUUUCGAAGGAAUGGCGAUAGGAUUGCAGCCAACUCUGAAGGACAUUUGGUUCCUAUUUGCAGCCGUUACAGUUCACGAGCUGGCAAUCAUGUUUUGUAUCGGGAUGGAGAUGUUGGCCUCCCACAUUCGUGUAGGCAUUUACAUUGCCUACAUGGUCACACUGGGUCUUAUCACUCCUAUCGGAGUGGCGAUUGGAAUAUUCGUCACGGAAUAUUUUCAAGAUCCUACGCCGUCUCACACGCUAACCAUCGGCAUCCUUCAAGGAGUCGCAGCCGGAACUCUCCUUUACGUCACAUUUCUCGAAGUGUUGGAACGCGAGCGAAGGAAAUCCGGCAAUGGAUUAAUUAAGCUUUUAUCCGUUUUCGUCGGCUUUGUCCUCCUGUCAUCACUUGAAGCCUUGGGCGGUCAUGGAGAACCAACAACAGAUCACCAAACACAAACAACUGUCGGACUAUCGUUUGUUUUGCAACCCGUCACGACACCACGUUACACCUUCUAUUCACCAAGCGCCUGAAAAGCUGCCCAGCGUCAAAGGAUAUUCUGUCAUGUUCCUGCGAAGACCUGUAUAACAUUCCCCGUUUUUGUACACAAAAAAAGAAAAAAAGAAAUAAAGACAAAUCUUUUUAUUGAUGGUAA